AACUUGACAUUCACUUAAUAUACACAGCAAGGUCGAGCCGUGGGACUGCUGCUCGAUAUUUUAGAUAACGUUGCCUCAGCUAUGGAGUGCCGCCACAUGUCAAAAGCGUGGUUCAGUUACAGAAAAUGCGGACGUUUCCAGGAGCUAGUACCGUCUGUUUACUGUAGUUAAAUUUUGCACAAGUGCCAGUGAGUUGUCGUCUUAUUGGUAUAAGCUAAAUUUUAGCACUACCUUACCUUGUGUUGUAAACACGGUUAACUGACAGGGGCUAGGUGAGUUUAUUACCUGUAAACAUGAGCUCCGGUCCAAAUAACGGUACCGUAAACGUUACAGACAGGACAGGGAUGUCCAGGAAACCGGUUUCAGCCGUCUCAGUAGCCGGACAUGUACAGCAGAUGUUUGGCCAUGUGAAAAUAGAAAACCUGGUCGCGGGACUCAGUGGAGGUGUGGUGUCAACCCUUGUACUUCAUCCUCUCGAUCUGGUCAAAAUCAGGUUUGCAGUAAGCGAUGGACUGGACUUAAGACCUAAGUACAGUGGCAUAUUACACUGUAUGAAGACUGUUUGGCUGGAGGAAGGAGUGAGAGGACUCUACCAAGGAGUGACACCCAAUGUCUGGGGUGCUGGAGCAUCGUGGGGUCUCUACUUCUUAUUCUACAAUGCAAUUAAAGGGUACACAAAGGAGGGUCGUCAGACUGAGCUGAGUGCCACAGAGCACCUGGUAUCUGCAGCUGAAGCAGGCAUCCUAACGCUCACCCUAACCAACCCAAUCUGGGUGACCAAGACCCGGCUGGUGCUGCAGUACAAUGCUGAUCCCACUAGUAAACAGUACCGGGGGAUGAUAGAUGCUCUGGUCAAGAUCUACCGACAUGAGGGAGUGUCUGGAUUAUACAAGGGAUAUGUUCCUGGUCUGUUUGGGACAUCUCAUGGAGCACUGCAGUUCAUGGCCUAUGAGGAGCUCAAGAGAGACUACAACAGAUACAAGAAAAAGCCUUCAGAAGCAAAGCUGAAUGCACUGGAAUAUAUCACAAUGGCAGCGUUAUCCAAAAUAUUUGCUGUGGUCACAACAUACCCAUAUCAGGUGGUGCGAGCUCGCCUGCAAGACCAGCACAAUAGAUACGAUGGAGUCGUUGAUGUCAUCAGACGGACAUGGAGGAAUGAAGGCUUCACCGGUUUCUACAAAGGCAUCAUCCCCAACGUGAUUCGCGUCACUCCCGCCUGCUGCAUCACCUUUGUAGUUUAUGAGAAUGUGUCUCGACUCCUUCUGAGACCAACUAAAUGAGGCUUAACAGCAUGGCUGCAAAGACUCUGAGCUCACGCUGACACUUUGGUGCCAUUCGGAAAGAAAAGCACCAGACUGAAACUGAACUCUCGGCUCAGUGUACGUGUAAUUGUUGUCAUGUGAGGAGCAUUCAUUUGCAUUUCAGAAAGAAUCGAAAAGUUGCCAAACUGAGAAACGGAAUCAACGUUUUCGUUUUUUUAUACAAACUCUCUGUUUUAGAAAAAUGUGAUGAUGUUGAAGAUUUUGUAUGUUGUCACACAUGCCAAAGGACAUGCUGCUAUCAUGUUAGUCUUUUUUUAUUAUUAUUAUAAAAAAAAAAAGAUUUGUAAGUCAGCAUGCCUUGCUCAUGUGAGAGGAGGCUGAAAUAUUAUAUCAUAGUUCUGUUUACAUUUGAUGUUUUUUGGUUUGGUUUGGUUUUUACUGGCUGAAAUUUGAAAAGCUGACUCAAGCAGCAAAUCUUCUCAGGUUUCCAGUUUCAUGUAUGUGAAACAUUAGAUUGUCUCUUUUAAGUUAUUUCUUUAUGUGAACAGACAGCAGAAGUUGAGUCCAAACACCAAUAGAUUUAUGCCCAAAUUCAUGCUUUUGUUUAGAUUAUCUUUGUUUCCUGGCAACAUAUUGUAAUGCGUUAUAUUUGUUAAUAGUAUUAUUAUUAAUACAUUAAAUGUAUUACUUUUGUUGCUACAUCAAAUCAAGUGUGUGGUGCAGUCGCUAUACAAGCAGUCAUAGAGUUUGAGUUCGCU